AUGUCUUUGAAAGAGCUGGGCGAUUAUUACUCGCCUGGAAAAGAUUACUUUGCUUUCAAUUUAAAAUUUCUUUUUUUAGUCGGCUUAUGGCCGAGUGAUAGGUGGUCAAAAACCCAAGUAAUUGCGUAUCGCAUAUACCAAUACAUUCUACAUAUUUUACCAAUUAUAUAUAUUACAAUAACUGCUAUUGGCACUUAUCAGCACGCAGCUGAUUUGACGGUGUUUAUAAGCAACUUAGACAAAAAUGUCGUCGCUUUAAAUUUCAUUUUGAAAUACGUCUUCUUUACAAUAAAACACAAGGAGAUAUCUAUAUUAAUCUGUGAAAUAAUGUAUUCCGGUGAUAAAAUUUCUAAACAAUGCAAUCGACAUAUGUCUGUUCAUACUAUAGUCCUUACAGGAUUAAGUUUACUUGCAAUUACGGCAUUUAGUGGGGCCGCUCUUUUGAAUAGAGAAAUGGUAGUGGAGGCCUGGGUACCGUUUGAUCCUUUGAAAAACAUGAAGAAUUUAUUACUAUUUGCACAAAUUGCAGCAGCUACAUUUACACCUUGCACGGUGAGAGCGAAUGCUAUGCAGGGAUUGCUGUGCAGUUUAAUAAUGUAUUUAUGUGAACAGUUAGUAGAGAUACAACGCAGAAUACGUGCAUUGACAAAUUUCUCGGGAACUGAUGAUGAGCUUAGGCUUCAAAUUAAGGAAAUAAUUAAGAAGCACGUGCGCAUAAUGGGAUACUCGAAGUCAAUGAGAAACAUCUUCAAAGAAUAUUUGUUUGUACAAAACUUUGCAAUCACUGUGGAACUAUGUUUGAACGCUUUGAUGGUCGCGGUGGUGCGAUUUGAAGACAAGAAGCUGCUUUUCGGAUUUUUUGUUUUUUUGUGUAUAGCUAUUAUGACGGCAUACGUUUGCUGUUAUUUGGGUAACGAACUAAUGAUUCAAAGCGAAGGCAUCGCUCAGGCAGCAUACGAUGUAGCAUGGACUUCUUGGCCAGUCGGAUUGCAAAAGGACUUGUUGUUUAUUAUAAGGAUAGCACAGAAACCUCUUACUCUAAGCGCUGGAGGAAUAGCUAAUUUGUCAAUGCACACAUUUGGUCAGGCGCUGUACAAUGCUUAUACUGUUUUUGCUGUCUUAAUCGAUGUAGUCGAUUGA